UCCUUGACAAGUCUUUAACCUCAUAAAAGGAGGAGUGAUGGUAUGGAAUGGAACCCUGGCGAAUGCGAUGACGUCAUCUAUCCCUCAUUUAUCAAGAAGCAACCUGUUGUUGUUGAGCACCACCACCCAUUUGAAAGAGAAUCGGUCUUCAUUUUUGAAGAUUGUGAGUGUUGCAGGAGGAGCCAAGAGAGGGUUUAGAGGGGGAAUUGUGGCUAUGGCUGCUCAGGUUCAGAAGUCGGAGGAGGAGUGGCGUGCGGUUUUAUCCCCUGAGCAGUUUCGGAUUCUCAGACAGAAAGGGACUGAGUAUCCUGGCACGGGAGUGUAUGACAAGUUCUAUGAGGAGGGGGUGUAUACUUGUGCAGGGUGCGAGACCCCUCUGUACAAGUCCACUGCAAAGUUUAAUUCUGGGUGUGGUUGGCCUGCCUUCUUUGAGGGUCUCCCCGGAGCCAUAAACCGUAAUGCUGAUCCAGAUGGAAUGAGGGUGGAAAUCACAUGUGCAGCUUGUGGUGGGCAUCUUGGGCAUGUUUUUAAAGGUGAAGGUUUUCGCACCCCCACGGAUGAACGCCAUUGUGUCAAUAGCGUCUCCCUCAAGUUUACCCCAGCAAAUUAAUGCCAAUGCAAACUGAAACUGGAGAUUUUGCUGCUGCUAUGCUAUGCUAUGAAAAUAAAAAACUUCAGAUUUCUUUAUGUUAAUCUUACAUUAAAUUGUACUAAAUGUAAACCAAGUGGUUUUUGGUCUUGUUAUACAUGUAUGCAGUAUGCCUUUAUUUAUGGAAAAUGGAAGCACGUGUUUCGUUAAUA